AUGAUGGAAAGGUCAGUUAUGGAGGGCAGGUGCAGUAGGCACCCAGCUAGCGAACAGGCCGCAGGAGUCUGCCCCUUCUGCCUGACCGAGAGGCUGGCUCAUCUCUCUGCAGCUUCGUCUGCAACAGCCACUGUUGCUUCUUCCAACGCCUCUUCGCCAGGGAAGUCUCCUGCCUCCAACUUCUCUUCUGCUAUCGCUUCUCCUCCCCGCCGAGAACUCAGGCCACCACUGCCGAGGCACAGCCCCUUGAUGGCUUCGAUGCAGAAAGAAGAGAGCCACAAGGAGAAGAACCGGAAGAAGGCAACGAGAAAGAAGUGGAGCUUUUGGUCCAAGAUGAUGACUGGAUCAUCAGAGAGGAGAAGAGGGGUGGAGGGAGAUCAGCUCCACUCUUAG